CGUGCGUCAGGGGUGAAUGCACGGCGUGUACGUCUGCAUACGUGGGUGGUCGGAUGGAUGGAACCAAACCAAACCAAACCCACACCAAACCACUUGCCGUCCGCACGUCAGUUGCCGCCCUGCUGGGGUGGUUGCGGCAGCCAAACGACGAUACAUGUGAUGUCUGCUCACACACACAUCCCCAUACACACAGAGAGAGAAUAAAUGGGCCAGGUGUCGAGGUGCGCACAGCGUGAUGUGGCGUACCGUCGACGACAUUCUCCUCUUCCGCAACCCACCGCCGCCACGCCUCAUACGCCAGCUGCUCUGCACAACACACACACACACACACACACACACAGGCAUCAGGACAGGUGAGCCACACACGCCAGGCGACCCCAGCCAGCUCACCGGUGGCCUCUUGUACGCCUUUCCGCGCCUUCUUGGCGAUGACGUCGAUGGCCUCCUGGCUCGAAAUGAACUCCCACACCCCGUCACUGCACACCGUGAAGAACUGGUGGCUCGAAUCUAGAGACACCUCACUGCAUCCACCACAGCACACACACCAAACCAUUACGGCUCUUUGUUGCAUUGCAUUGCAUGGCGUGGGUCUGGCUGGCGACUCACGUGACGUCAGGGUCGGGGAUGACGCCCACGCUGCUCCCAACUGUGUCCCCAAUGGCCCGUGACAUUGCCAGACCUGAUGGAUGGUAUACACAGACACAGACACAUACCAUGGCAUGGCGCCCAUGUUUUGGUCGGCUGGCUGGCUGGCUGGCUCUGCUGACCCACCCCACCUACCAGGGUACAUUUUGCCCUUGACAAACACUCUGUGGGGUAUGUCGCCGUCCAGACGACGCACCUCACCACCUGCACCCAUCCCAUCAAUGGCACACAUGCAUAGGCGAUGGCCAGCAUGGCACGGCCUGUGUGGUGCAGUGUGUGACGCACCCACCUGACGAGACUAUCCUUUUCUUCUCAUCCUCCCGCGUCGGCUUGUGGUCCUGCGUCAGGUUCUGCGCCACUAACUUCUUGCCUGACACACAGGAGAGAGCGGCGGGUGUGUAUUCCAAUGUUGCCUCAGUGUGUGUGUGUGUGCGUGGUCGUGUUGUUUGUUACUGUUGUUGGUCUUGACGCCGAGGACGGCCCUCGAGUCGCCCACGUGAGCCACGUACAGCUUGUUGUCCUUGUGGAUGACCACAGUGCCCGUCGUGCCGCUCAGCGCACAGUCGAAGCCGUCCGGCUGGUUGGCACGCUGCUCCAAGGCUAUAUGCACCUGAUGAAUGAGGAAGACGCAUACCGAUCGACACACACAUGGGUGUACUGUCCGCCGUCUCUCUCUCUCUCUCUCUCUCUCUCUUUUCUCUCUCUGUGUGUGUGUUUGUGUGUGCGUAUGUGUGUGUGUGUACCUUUCUGAAUGCUGUCUUGAGGCACUGUCCGGGGUUGUCGUUGAAGAGUGGGUCGGAGAGGAGGAUCCGCGGCAGGUUGUGAUGCACAAAACCACUCACGUCAUGGCCAGACGGACCUGUGAAUCCAAUCCACAUACAACACACACGCAGCUGUACAGAUGAGCACGAAGGCGCUGUGACUGCUGUGCGUGGCAGGGGGGCGCACCAUGGCCAUCGAACACACCAUACAUACCCCAAUCAUCGACCCUGCAACAAGCAAGCCGAGCAAGUCCACUGACUGACUCAUCAGAACUGCUCUGCUCUGCAGGAAGGGGCAGGCAGUCAGGCCCGAGUGCACGUACCUGAGUAUGAAGAAGUCAUCCUGGUUGGGGCUCUCAGGCUUCAGCCCCUUCUUGCACGCGUAACCGAUGCCGACCUCCGCCAACGUCUUGGCAUUCAAUGCAUCGCCACACACCUCCAUCUGCUUGUUCUGGACACACACACAGCCAGCCACAAAGGGACGCCUUCGUCACGCGCCUCCCUCCCUCCCCUCCUCCCUCCCUCUUAGCUUACGUCGAAUCCUCUCUGUUGCUCUGUGGCCGGGCUCCCAAACACGCUCGCCCUUCUGCCCUCCCCACUGCUGGACGGCGGCAGCAGGGCGAAAAUGCUGCUGUCGACACUGACAUCGCCAAUGGUGCCCCGCUCCCUCUCCUCUUCCCUGUCGUCGCCCCCGGGCACCGAUGGCUCGGCGUGGCUGACCGACAGCCGCCGGCGGGCGGGGCGGUGGUGGGUCCCGUUGUUGGCCACAGUAGGCUGCUUGUUGGCGCUGGGAGUGCAGCCCAUCGAACAAAAUGAUCAAAGGAGAGUAAAAUAAUGAGGAGAUUUUGCCGCCUCUGCUUGUUCCGGGUCCGAG